AUAUGGUAAAGGAGACCUAAAUAUAUUAUCACUUAUAAUGUACUGGAUGGGAUUGGAUUGGAUCCAGAUAACAAUUUUGAGGUUGCUUGCUCACAAGUGCCUCCAUUAUAGCAUCCAUCAUCUAUGUAUACAUUAUCAACAGGAAUUGCACUUAACCUAAAAUGCUACUAAAUUAAUCUACAUUGACUGUCAUUCUCUACCAACCAAGGCACUGCGAAAUUGUAAGCAAAAUUGAAACCUAACACACUGCACACAGUGGAAGUUCCAGAGCAUAUAAAAAAAACCAAGUGAUGAUUCCUUAAUCUGCCUGUGGUUUUCUUUCUAUAUAUCUUCACUGUGCGCACACUGCUGCUAAGUGUUAAGUCCAAUGCACGGAAAAAUAAUGAAUGCGAAAAGCUGUUUCAGCAGAGCUCAGAUUCUGAUCUUAAUUGCUCUGAUCGUACUAGUUUGUCUUCAAGUUGGGACUCUUGGGAAGAGCCAUACAGUUGAAGCCGUAGCCGGUGGUGGGGUAGUACUGCCUGUUGCUCCGCCACCUGCAUCUUCUCCUUCUCUGGGUCAGUUGAUUUUCGCUGAUCUAAGGCUGGCCGUCGUUUAUCCGGUGAUUCAGAAAUUCAAGAACCUGAUAACUUCUGAUCCGCUUAACAUCACAGGGUCGUGGGUUGGCGCAGAUAUAUGUAAUUACAGGGGGUUUUACUGUGAGAGCCCCCCUGACAACAAAUCAGCCAUUGCACUGGCUUCCAUUGAUUUUAACGGGUUCCAGUUAUCAGCGCCAAGCUUGAAUGGAUUCCUGGAUCAGCUCCCGGAUAUAGCCCUGUUUCAUGCGAAUUCUAACAACUUCGCCGGGGCAAUUUCUCCAAACAUCGCCAAGCUACAAUAUCUGUACGAGCUUGAUAUCAGCAACAACAACUUCUCCGGGCCCUUUCCCACUGCUUUGUUAGGCAUGGAUAGCCUGUCUUUCCUGGACGUACGCUUCAAUUCCUUCUCGGGUGCGGUUCCUCAACAGCUGUUCAGCAAAGACUUGGACGCCCUCUUCAUCAACAACAACAAUUUCAUGACGAGACUGCCCGACACAAUCGGCAGCGGCCGUAUUCUCUAUCUUACCCUAGCUAACAACAAGUUCUUCGGCCCAAUCCCGCGCGGGAUCGCCAAGGCCUUGGAAAACCUGUCAGAGAUUUUGCUGCUCAACAAUCUUCUAAGCGGCUGCCUGCCUUAUGAACUGGGACUCCUGAAACAGGCCGUCGUCUUCGACGCCGGGAACAACUACUUAACAGGGCCUUUACCCUUCUCUCUGGCGUGUUUAGAGAAGUUAGAGGUUCUCAAUUUCGCAGGAAACCUGUUGUAUGGACACAUCCCGGAAGUGCUAUGUGGGCUCGGAAACCUGGCCAAUUUGUCGCUGUCGGAUAACUACUUUACCGGCGUCGGGCCUGUUUGUUGGAGGCUGAUCAAGAACGGGGUGCUGGAUGUGAAGAAAAAUUGCAUUCCAGGUCUGCCGUUCCAGCGAUCAGUGGCUGAAUGUGCGGCAUUCUUUGCACAUCCGCGGUACUGUCCCUACAUGCCAACAUACGCACACAUUCCCUGUUGGCUUCCCCACUUCAAGUCUUCUGCAUUAGCCCUUUCUGAGUUGGCUCCUUCACCUUCUUGAUUAGUGGGGUUUGAUUUUCAGCUCCUUUUGGCUGAAAUUGUUGUUGGAUUUCCGCAAAG